UCUAAAAUGUUGAUUAAGACGAAAUUUUUGUUUUUUGUCAAAUUUUUCAUCUAUCAAGUGAUUUGUGAAGGCUCAGAAGUCAACGAUGAUCUAUCUCCUUUCAUCUAUUACGGCAAUCGAGCUGCAUUGGGUCAAUUUCCAUUUAUGGUUCUCGUUGUUAAACCCGACGCUAGUUACUGUGGCGGAGCAGUUCUUACCACAAAACACGUCAUUACCGCUGGUAACUGCAUCGCCCAUUAUGAAUCGAUUGACACAACAAUAACUCUCUUUUUCGGUCAAACAAAUCGUGCCAAGAACUCUGACUGGAUUGUGCGACUUUCAACGCAUUUCAUCAUUCACGAGGAAUAUUCUCACGAGUUUUCCGGUCCUGCGGAGUAUGAUAUUGCCAUUCUGGUGCUUCAUGAGCCUCUAACUUUUAGUUCAACAAUUCAACCGGUGCAACUUCCUUCGUAUAAUGAUCGAUAUUAUAGUUCAGAGAUGUUUACUGCUGUUGGAUGGGGCAUCACUGAAAGACGACGCGAAUCGGAUGACUUGCUUUUUGUGCCCUUGAAAGGAAUUUUGCGGGAAAAAUGUCAAAAAAUAAUCGAUGAAAAAAUUCGGAUCCCAUUUACGCUCGACAAAAACUCAUUUUGUGUCAUUCCGCCGGGGAAAAAAUCACGAGGUAUUUGUCCAGGAGACUCUGGAAGCCCAUUAGUGUUGAAUAGCACGCAAAUUUUGAUGGGAAUCGCAAGUUGGUCACCCGGUAGAUGCACAGAACCACCAUUUGUUGCGGGUUUUACGUACGUUUAUAACUUUGUGGAUUGGAUAAAAAAGAAAAUUAGUGAGACUGAUUGA